CGCAGCUGACGCGGGAUGCCGCAGGGUUACCCAUUAACUGCAGGAAUUUCUGGGGAGGAGGCGAGCAGUGAGCAGAGGCGAGGUGCAACGUGGGGCUCCUUAGACUUUGCUCUUGGCGUGCGUAUAAAGGGCCACAGUGCCCUGCGGGCCACUUUGCUGGAGGGACACGCAGAUGUGGCAUGUGGACAUGGCACUGCCCUGAGUGGCCAGCCAGCCCCAGCUUCAGCAGGAGCGAUGCUGCCCUACCGGAGGGAGAGCCCGGCCCUGCCCCACUGCCCGGUGCGGGGAGGAAGGGUGGUGCAUGGGCCCCAGUUCACCUACUGCCCCAGCCCCCAAGCUCUGCACCGGCUGCCGGGUGCCCACACCUGCCCCUUCACCGUCGGUGCGGUGCCUUGCCCUGACCAUGGCUUCCCCUGCCCUGGCUCUCCGGGGCGCCUGGGCGAGGGCAGGGAGCGGUACGAGCUGGAUGCGCUGCCCUGGCAAGGGCCCUGUCUGGGCUUGGACGAGCUGCAGAAGCCAGAGCUGGGGUGCUGGGCCAGGGUCCAGUCCAUCUGUGUCUCCCUUCUCAAGGUGCCCCUGAUGUUCGGGUUCCUGUACCUCUUCGUGUGCUCCCUGGACGUGCUCAGCUCUGCCUUCCAGCUGGCAGGAGGCAAGGUGGCCGGGGACAUCUUCAAGGACAAUGCCAUCCUCUCCAACCCAGUGGCUGGGCUGGUGGUGGGCAUCCUGGUGACUGUGCUGGUGCAGAGCUCCUCCACCUCCACCUCCAUUAUCGUCAGCAUGGUCUCCUCAGGGCUGCUGGAGGUGCGCUCUGCCAUCCCCAUCAUCAUGGGCUCCAACAUUGGCACCUCUGUCACCAACACCAUCGUGGCCCUCAUGCAGGCUGGUGACCGCAGUGAGUUCAAACGGGCCUUCGCUGGUGCCACGGUGCACGACUGCUUCAACUGGCUGUCAGUGCUGGUCCUGCUGCCGCUGGAGGUGGUGAGCGGGUACCUGCACCAUGUCACCCGCCUGGUCGUGGCCACCUUCAACAUCCGCAGCGGGAAGGAUGCCCCUGACCUGCUGAAAAUCAUCACGGAGCCCUUCACCAAGCUCAUCAUCCAGCUGGACAAGUCGGUGAUCACGGGCAUUGCAACGGGGGACGAGAGUCUGCGCAACCGGAGCCUCAUCCGCGUCUGGUGUGGCCCCGCACCCCCACAGCCCACCUUCUCCCUGCAGAUGGCUGCCAUGGGGCUUGGGCCCCCCCCAAACUGCACGGCCCCCCGCCACUGCAGCACUAAGGGCAUUGAGACCCUCCACAACAUCACGAGGCAGAAGUGCGAGCACCUCUUCACCGACACACCGCUGCCCGACCUGGCCGUGGGGCUGGUGCUGCUGGCCGGGUCCCUCGUCGUGCUCUGCACCUGCCUCAUCCUCCUGGUCAAACUCCUCAACUCCCUGCUCAAGGGGCAGGUGGCCAAAGCUAUCCAGAAGGUUAUCAACACUGACCUUCCGCACCCGCUCAGCUGGCUCACCGGGUACUUCGCCAUGGUGGUGGGCGCUGGGAUGACCUUCGUGGUGCAGAGCAGCUCUGUCUUCACCUCGGCUAUCACACCCCUGAUCGGCCUGGGGGUGAUCAGCAUCGAGCGUGCCUACCCACUCACCCUGGGCUCCAACAUCGGCACCACCACCACUGCCAUCCUGGCUGCCCUGGCCAGCCCAGGGGACAAGCUGGCCAGCUCCUUCCAGAUCGCCCUCUGCCACUUCUUCUUCAACAUCUCUGGCAUCCUGCUGUGGUACCCGCUGCCCUUCACCCGCCUGCCCAUCCGCAUGGCCAAGGCGCUGGGCGAGCGCACAGCCAAGUACCGCUGGUUCGCCGUGCUGUACCUCAUCGUCUGCUUCCUCCUGCUGCCCUCCCUCAUCUUCGGCAUCUCCAUGGCGGGCUGGCGGGUGCUAGUAGGAGUGGGUGCACCCUUCCUCAGCCUCCUCUUCUUCGUGGGGUUGGUGAAUGCACUGCAGGCACGCAGCCCCGGCCGCCUGCCCAAAUGGCUGCAGACCUGGGACUUCCUCCCCGCCUGGAUGCACUCGCUGCAGCCCCUCGACCGGCUCAUCACCCGGGCCACCCUCUGCUGCACCGACCGCUGCCGCAGCCCCGAGGGCUGGGAGGAGCGCGAGGGCCCCCCCCGUGACAAGGCCAGGCUGGGGCUGGACAACCCCGUGCUUUCCUACCCCGAGGAGAUGCCCGGCCCCGCCGGCCGGGUGGGCUCCCCUCGCCCACCCCUGCACGGUGCCACCCGCCUCUAGCCAGCACCGGACACCUGGGCUGCUGCUCCUGUGGCUGCCUGGUGUCCACCAUCCCUGCUAGCUGGUAUCUAAUAAAUGCCAAGCACCCGCA